AUGUCGUCACAUAUCCUCCGGAUCGUUCUUGAGAACGUUGAUUUUCGGCUACCAACACAAGUUACCGACGAUAACAGUGUGUUAGCACUGAAAAGUCUUGUUUUUGAGCCAUUGAUCCAAUGGCAGCCUAAUGGCGACGUCCUCCCCGGACUCUUUGAUCGAUGGGAGGUAACCGGUGAUAAUCGAGUCUGGCAUUUCCAUAUUCGCGAUGACGCCGUUUUCCACGAUGGGAAGCAAUGUGAUGCCGAGCUGGUGGUCGACUACAUCAAAGGUUUUCUCGACUCGCACGAUUACUUUGGCAUGGCGUGGAGCUACAGCAGAUACUUUGCCAAGACAGUCUUCACGGCUGAAGGGGAUAGAGUCGUCAAAGUCGAGCAUCCCGAGCCGUUUGCGGAUCUCCUAAAUGUUCUGAAUGACUUCUGGCCCUCUAGAAUUGCGGCAGACGGGAAACCGGUGCUAGGAACUGGUCCAUACCGCGUUGUCGAGUUUGAACGGAGGGACAAUGUGGGAAGGGCCGUUCUAGAGCGUUUGGAUUCAGCAAACAAGGAGUGGCCACAAACCAUCAUUGCCACCGCUGCGAGGAAUGGAGAAGACAGGCUGAAGCUCCUGCAAAAGGGAGAGGUCGAUGCUGCUCUAAAUCUUGAACGAGUUGACGAUUUGCCACUGGUAGAUUUCAAAGGUAAUCUCCAGUGGGGAAGGGUUUUGAGUACCCUUUCUGUCAUCUACUAUCUUAAUUGCCCAAGCGGUAUUUUCUCUUCUCCCGAAAUUCGCUAUGCAGCCAACCUCGCGAUAGACAAUGAUGCAUUGGUGGAGAGAGUAUAUCUUGGGCUCGCGGCCCCUGCGGCCACUGUUGUCAGCCCCCAUCACCUCGGAUUCAAGGAGUCGGGCUUGAAGCCAAUUCCCUACGACCCAAACAGGGCUCGUGAGAUCAUCAAAGAUUUGGACUUGAGCAAGCCUCUUCGCUUGAGAACACCCGAAUGGAUGCCAGAACACGCUGAGAAAAUUACGGAUUUCGUCAAGGCAUCUUUAGAAGCAGUAGGGUUCAAUGUUGAAGUUGAGGUCGAGACCGACCGGCCUGAAUAUGCCCGUUCAAUUGGUCUCAAGAAAAAUAUCGGCGACUUGGCCUGCUUUGACUCAACUCCCAACACCACCUUCCGUGUGCUGGAUGACAAAGUAUCCAGCGCUUCGCAUGGCACAUGGUGGCUCGGUUACGACGAUGAUGAGUUCCAACGCCUCUUCACAAAUGCCAGAAAAACGGUGCUUGGAGAAGCCCGGAAAGAAGCAUACGGAGAAUGUUUAAGAAGACUCCAUGACAACCCUCCUUGGCUUUACAUCGCACAUCCUGAUGUUAUUUGGGCAACUCGGCCAGGUGUGUCGCUGAGCAUUGGCCCCUCCGGAAUCCUGAAACUAGGACAGAACACUGCUAUUUAG